UCAAUCAAAAAAAUAUACAGUAAACUUAUUAUGUUUUAAAAAUUGAUAGACACAUAUAUAUUAUAAUAUAUACCAAUUUAGAAUUGAAAAUAAAAUAUUUAUAUAAAAAUAAAUAAAAACAAAAACUUGCGUAGUUACGCGGGUCGAGAUCUAGUUACAAUUAAAACAUCAUUAUUCCAUCUUGGUUCUUGAUUUGUAAGGUAAGUAUAAAAGGUAAGGUUAGUAAUUUUGUACUGCGAUUGCAAUCAUAAUUGAUUUUUUUUUGGGUGAAAAUCAUAAUUGAAUAUUAUUAACAUCUUAAAUGUAAAAAAUCACAAAAAAAAUCAGAUUUUCACAUGUCUCAGAUACUAGAAUGAUAUUUUCCUGCCAUGAUAAAAAUUAGGAAAACAUGCAUGUCUAUAGUAUCGUUCAUUCGUUUGUGAAAUAGUUAGAGAAUCUUGUGACGCUAUAAAGGAUCUCUGGAACUAUAAUGCUAGGCCAUUACUCCAUCUAAAAGCCAGAUGAGUGUAAACAGUUGGCAAGUAAUUAGCUUGUAAAGUUUCCAAUAGAAUCAAGUUGCAAAAUAAAAUGCAAGAACAACCAUAUUUAGGAAUACUAAAACACCAAUGAGGAACUGUAAUCAGCUAUUUAGCUUGUGAUGUUUGCAAAUUGCAAUAGAAUCAAGUUGUAAAAUAAAAUGUAAGAACAACCAUAUUUUGGAAACACUAAUGAGGAAAUUUAUUGAGGAGGGAAGAUAUCAUCUUGAGGUUUGAGAGAUAUGGAUUUGGGUAGGCUAAGAAAAUCCCAGAAGACAUGGAAAACUCUCGUGCUUCGAUACGUCCAUAGUCCCAAUUCAUAUUACAUUUCAAGAUGUAAUACAAUAAACUAUCAUAAUAUACUCCAUAUAUAGGUCAUAUUCUAUAUAUUAAUAAUUGAUGUCAUAAGGGAAAUUGUUUAAGGAAGAAGAAAAUAAAUCAAGAACGUUGACCUUUCAAUGGCCUAUAUAAACAUGUCUUAGACUCAACACUCAGCACAGAGCAACACAUUGAGCCUGAAGAGAAGAAAAAGAAAAAAGAGAGAGAGAGAUGAGGAGUGACGUAGCACGGCUCAGGUGUGGGAAGACGAUUCCAUUGCUUGGAAUGGGAACUUAUUGUCCUCAAAAAGAUCGAGAGAGUACCAUCUCAGCCGUCCAUCAAGCCAUCAAGAUAGGGUAUAGACAUUUCGACACAGCAAAGAUAUAUGGAUCAGAAGAAGCUCUAGGAACUGCAUUAGGUCAAGCUAUCUCCUAUGGAACUGUCCAAAGAGAAGAUAUCUUUGUGACUUCAAAGUUAUGGUCUAGUGAUCACCAUGACCCUAUCUCUGCCCUCACACAAACUCUCAAGACAAUGGGGCUAGAAUAUCUAGAUAACUACUUGGUGCAUUGGCCAAUAAAGCUAAAGCCAGGAGUGAGUGAGCCCGUCCCAAAGGAAGAAGAGUUUGAGAAAGAUGUAGGAAUUGAAGAAACUUGGCAAGGCAUGGAGAGAUGCUUGGAGAUGGGUUUGUGUAGAUCCAUUGGUGUUAGCAACUUCUCUUCUAAAAAGAUCUAUGAUCUUCUCGAUUUCGCUUCUGUCUCUCCUUCUGUUAACCAGGUGGAGAUGCAUCCAUUGUGGAGACAAAGCAAGCUAAGAAAAGUGUGUGAAGCGAACAACAUCCAUGUAAGUGGAUAUUCACCACUUGGUGGGCCAGGGAAUCGUUGGGGGUCAAUGGCUGUGAUUGAACACCCUGUCAUCAAAUCAAUUGGUCUCAAGCAUAAUGCCACUCCAGCUCAGGUGGGGAAUGUCAAAAGGGGCAAGUGUGAUUGUGAAAAGUUUUAAUGGAGAAAGAAUGAGAGAAAACAAGAGAGCCUUAGAUAUCAAAUUGGAUGACCAAGACUUAUCAUUCAUUGACCAAUUGGAGGAGUGGAAGAUCAUGAGAGGAGAUUUCCUUGUUAAUCAAACCACAAGCCCUUACAAAUCCAUCAAACAACUUUGGGAUGAUGAGAUAUAAUUGAUUAGGGUUUCACAUAAUUUCAUCCAAAAUGUAAUUUCAUCAUCACAUUAUGUUGCUUAUGAUCAUAGUUUUCUCAUUUGGUAUAUAAAGUCAUUACAACUUGAAAAAACACAAUCUUGCUUGAUUUUGUUUAAUCCUCUUUUUUAUGCAACAUAUUUAGUAGUUUUUCUCCAUUUAUUCCUCUUUAUUAGUAGUGACAAAUUGUCAUGGCUUUGAUUUUGUAACUGGUGAGUACUGCUAAGUGCUGACCAUAUAUUGAAGGCUUGAGGUGUCGUUUCUUCUCAACGAGGUGUCGUUUUGAUUUAAUUCCGAUCCCGAAAUUUCGGGGCCCAACCCAUUUAUAUACAUCCCAAGUUUUGAUCGGCGCAUAUCGGACCUCUUUGUUUUUUUUUCCCUAAAUUUUGAUAUCUUUUUGGAAAACCCAUAUCCAAUUUUGGUUUUUCAACCAGUAAAUAUUCUUAGAUUUGACAUACAUUGAACUGGUAUCUUUUGUAGGGUAGACAAUACAAAAUUAGGCUUUGUCAUGGAAA